AUGGAGGGCGAAGUGGUCCACAUCGCAGUGGGAAAGAACACAAGAAAGGAGGAGCCGAACAUACGGUGGGCUGCUGCAGCAUUUCCUGAGGCCGCUAUAGUUCUUGUGCACGUUCACUGGCCCUCCGAAUGGAUGCCCUUCAUGGGUGGCAAUCCGUCAUACAAGUUCGCCGACGAGAAAGAGAAGGAGAGACACGGGGACACAGAAGCUACACAUAUGAUGAAGAUGUUUUCAGUGUACAAAAGUCAGUGCGGCACAAGGAAGGUUAGUGCAUAUUACCUUACACACCGUGAUGUUGGCGCUGGUGUUGUGACCUUGGUAAAGAAGCUCAAAAUUAAGAGAAUUGUCAUCGGUUCAAGGAAGAUAUCAACACAAGAUGUGCUUAGACGAUGUUGUCAAGUUUGGCUGGUCCUAAAUGGCAAACACAUCUCCACCAGCAAUGAUUGCAUGGAGACCAAUGGAAAUACUGGACAUGGAAGCAGCUCAGAUAUUUUGGCAUCUAUACGCGAACGAGCUCGGAAAUGCAGAGAGGAUGACACAACAGCUGAAGAAUUUAUUGAGAAACCCAGCACCUGCGAGACGGAGGACUUCUCUAAUGGUGAAAAGGCUGCCAAGAUUAUGGAGGAAAUUGACAGACUCGAAAAGAAGCUGAAGGAGCUGCAAGGAGAGGUGCACAAUCAUGAAGAAUGCAGCUCGUUACCAGCUCAAACUGCCGCCGUUUCGCCAAAGAAGUGUUUGGCUGAACCAAGAUAUCCAGAGCUGAAAAUUCCAGAGCACAUUGUCCAGUUCUCAGCUUCACAAAUUCAGAAAGCGACCAGUGACUUCCGCUCAGAAAAUAUCAUUGGAGAAGGCGGAUACGGGCCAGUGUACAAAGGAGACUUGGAGGGCAUUCCUGUGGCUAUCAAGUCAUUGAGGCCUGACGGCAAACAAGGUUUCUCAGAGUAUCAGCAUGAGGUAAUGGUACUGAGCAAGUUGGAGCACCCGCACAUCGUGAGGCUGGUCGGCGUCUGCCAUGCGUCGUGCACCCUCGUGUACGAGUACCUGCCCAACGGCACGCUCCUCGACAGGCUCUCCAAGGGGCGCCUCCUCCCGUGGGAGGACCGCGUCAGGAUCCUCGUGGAGCUGCGGUCCGCGCUGGCGUACCUCCACUCCCACCGCCCCAACGCCAUCAUCCACGCCGACUUGAAGCUGGCCAACAUCCUCCUCGACGCCGGCGACGCGGCCCGGCUGGGCGACUUCGGCACGGCAAGGAUGGUGCACGUGAAGCCGCUCGAGGACGAGGAGGAGACCAUCGUCCGGCGGACGAACCCGAUGGGCACCAUGGGGUACAUUGACCCUGUGUUCUUCACCACAGGCGAGCUCACCACGGAGUCGGACGUGUACGCGUUCGGUGUUGUCAUCCUGCAGCUUCUCACGGGCCUGCAUGGCCUCAACAUCGCCGAGCAAGUGCGAGGGGCGCGGAGUAAGUUGCACGGCUUGCUGGACGUGUCUGCCGGACCCUGGCCACAGGUGCACUCCGCGCGACUUCUCAAGCUGGCACUGAGGUGCUGCAGCCUUGAGAGGAAGCAGCGGCCAUUGAUGACAUGCGACGCUCAAUGGAAAUCGCUCCUCGUCCUGAGGAACAAGGCAGCGCCGCCUAAGAAAGCUCGGAAAUGGAACUGCUUCGUAUGCUGA